UAUAAUGUGAAUAUAAGAGUUCUUUCGCUAAUGAAUGAGUUUGCUGCCUCAUCUUGACGGCAACCACAUCUCAGCAAAGAGCGCUCCCUUCGGCGCUUCCCGGCGUCCUUCGUCCGACUUCGGCGGCGGCUUUCCAUGUCGCGCACCAUCCAAGUGAAGGGCGAUCACCCGCAGGGCCUGGCGCUCUGCACCCGGAUUUAUCUCAUGCAGUCCAUGGAGAAGGAGUUUGGCAAAGUCGCCUACUGCAAGAAGCCACCCACCACAGGUGAUCCGGAGACCGAUGUGGCGUUUGUCCAGUUUCAGAAUCAAGAGGACGCGGAACGGGCCGUGACGGCCUUGCGCAAGGGCCUCACGCUGAGUACCACCUGGCAAGGCAUCACCUUGGACAUCAGAGGUGAUUGGAAGCCGGGGGAGUUUGGCAAAGGAAGCAAACCGAGCUCCAGCUUCGUCAAGUGGCAACCGGAGAACGUUGAGGAUUCGCGGUCCUUUCUGACUCGAAAUGCUUCGCGCUCGCGGACCGACAGGCAGCACUGGAGGAGGCCUGAGGAAGACAUUGAGGACACUUGGAAGUGUCCACCCGAAAGCCUUCGUGUGUGUGUGUGUGUGUGUGUGCGCAUUGCAUAAAAACCUCUUCAUAGGAGGUUUCAAGAGGUCUCUUAAGCGGAGGGCGCAUGGGACCGCCGCAUUUUUUGUUUUUGCAUUCUGAGUUGACGUCCGAUGCCAUGCGUUUUCUCUCUCCGAUUUCUGAUGAGGCGUGAUGAAGAGCGACGGAACCAAAGAGAUGAUGGACGAAAAGGGGGCAAUGGAGGGAGGGACAUGAGGGAGGAAAAGCAGGAAAGACGCCAGGAUGGGAGAGAUUUCCGGGGUGACUUCCGGGAUGAAAGGAGGAGAGACGAACGAACUGAUCGGCAAGGUGAAAGGAGAGAUGCCUGGCAAGGUGAAAGGAGAGUGGAGCAAGAUGAAAGACGAGGUGAAAGGAGAGAAGAAUACCGAGGAGGUGAAAGG